CCCUGAGGAUCCCGGUGGAGCACGGCCGGGAUGCGAGGCUGACUGAGAUGGGGAAGGAGUCACCGGCGUGAGCCCUGCGGAGAGCACGGCAGAGAAGGCUGGUGCUCUCCGGAGGAGAAGUGUGACAGUUUCCUAUGAAUCCUAAGCCAGGUGUUCAUUGAUGCAGAUCUUCCAAAGAAACAUGAAACCAAACCCAAAAAGAAAUCACUGAGGUGGAAAAAGUGCAACAUGAGAGGUAAAAUGAAAAACUGGCCUUUUGAGAAUAGCUGCUGGGAGCUGUGACGAACCAAGAGCCCGGAGGACUACUACACAGCUCCUGCAGAUCCUCGUCUGAGGCAUCGGCUCAGCCUUCCAGCAAGCGUAUGCUGAAGUGUGGGUUCAGCAGCCGAGGAUGGAAGUGCUACGCCGUUCCUCAGUCUUUGCUGCAGAGGUGAUGGAGGUUUUUGACAGGUCUCCCACUGACAAGGAGCUUGUGUCCCAAGCCAAGGCUCUCUGCAGAGACUACAUAAAUUCGAGGCUGAUUCGAGCGGGUGUCAGCUGGAGCAAACCUGAGUACAAUGCACCAGUGCCGGGCGGUAAGCUGGCCGAGGUGUCCACCAUACUGCUGCGACUAGGCGAUGAGCUGGAAUACAUUCGCCCUAACGUCUACCGGAAUAUCGCCCGCCAAUUGAACAUCUCGCUGCACUCGGAGACGGUGGUGACGGACGCCUUCCUGGCAGUAGCUGCACAGAUUUUCACGGCAGGCAUAACGUGGGGCAAGGUGGUGUCUCUCUAUGCUGUGGCAGCUGGGCUGGCGGUGGACUGCGUGAGGCAUGCACAGCCAGCCAUGGUUCACACCAUCGUAGACUGUCUGGGAGAGUUUGUCCGCAAGACCUUGGUGACGUGGCUGAAAAGGAGAGGAGGCUGGGCAGACAUCACAAAAUGCGUGGUGAAUACCGACCCCAGCCUUCGCUCCCACUGGCUUGUGGCCGCGGUUUGCAGCUUUGGUCACUUCCUCAAGGCUAUCUUCUUCGUCCUGCUGCCUGAGAGAUGAAUCCGAGUUGCCAAGUGCAGCCCCCCUACCCCAUCUCCUUCCCCCAUUCCAGAAGCAGCGGUAAUGGCAAUCUCUGAAGAGGAGGAAGAGAAGAACCGGGACAAACAAAAGGCUUGUUCUCCUCUCCCUUCAGCUGGGAGCAGAUGAUCAACCACAGUCCCCUUUUUGCAGCCACCGGAGCCUCUCUUACCAUCAAUCCUUUCAAGAGUCUUGUUUCCCUGGGUGACUUGGGCUUGUGGCCUGGACAUUGCCAGGCCCUGGGCACACUGGUUGCAGCCGUGUGCAGCGUGGACUGUCAGACA